AUGUCGGACAAAAUCAUCAUAGCUUUUGAUAUGUAUGGCACAUUGUUGUCUACAGACUCCAUUGUUAAACAGCUGGAUACACAUGUUGGUGCUCAAGCCUCGUCUAUCUCCACCCUUUGGCGCCGAUAUCAGCUUGAAUAUACAUGGAGAUUGAAUAGCAUGCAUAAAUACGAGGAUUUCUCAACGGUUACCCGUAACUCGCUGCGCCAAGCAUUAGCUGAGCAUGAUCAACAGCUACCAGACUCCGACCUCGACACUUUGUUGGAAGCAUAUGACAGCCUAUAUACAUUCCCGGAUGUAGGUCCGACGCUAAACCGAAUCGCAAAUGAUCCGACGCUUCAAGCAGUAAUAUUCUCGAAUGGCACGAAAAACAUGAUGUCAAACUCAGUCCUGCACUCCCCAGACUUAUCCCAGCACGCCAGUGAAUUCCAAGACCUGGUCACUGUAGACGAUGCAAAGGUGUAUAAGCCUGCACCUGCCAGCUAUCAGCAUUGCGCUCGCAUGGUCGGCAAGCAGCCUUCUCAGAUGAAUGAAAUAUGGUUGAUCAGCUGCAACGCGUGGGAUAUUGUCGGGGCGCGCAGUGCUGGGUUGAAUGCGAUUUGGAUCGAUCGAGCUGGCAAAGGCUGGCAGGAUGCUGCUCUUCCGGGAGUUAAGCCGACUGCGAUUGUCCAUAGUCUGGAGCAUAUUAUUAGGGAGAUCAAAGGCCGACAGGAAUAA